AUGGAUCUCACAGUUAUCAUUGAAGGAAUGAAAACAGCGGAGAAAAAAGUGGAGCAGGACUUGGAGCUCGAGGCUCAGUCCCUUCGAAGGUUUGUAUUAACUGGACUAAACAUCCAAACCAGCAUUUUUUUAUAGAAUUGCAUUUCUCGGAGUUGCCAUGUCUACGGUGGCCACGUUUGUGUGCAUAAUUACUGUUCCGUUGGCGUAUAACAAAAUGCAGCAAAUGCAAUCAUCGAUGCUAGACCAGGUGAGCGAGUAUGAAACGUUUAGUUUGAGAUCUUCAUACUUUUAAGGUCGAUUUUUGCAAGACUAGAUCAAACCUCUUCUGGCGGGAAGUGACCAAGACACAGGUGAAAAUUGGGGAUGCAGAGAACCGGCUUAUUCCUGGUUGACUUUAUAUUAGGAAAAUUCGACUUGAUGUCAUUCCUUCUCCACUUUCUAAUUACUUUUUUAGUAUAUGGCGAGUGCUCGUGGAAUUCGAGUGGCAAGAAGGGCAGAAAAGAGAUACAGCACGAAUUACGAUAACCAGAGAACGGCCUACGAUAGGUUUUAUCAUGCACAACAACAGUAUGACAGCAGAGACAGUAACUACGAUAAAUCUGCUAGCUAUGGGAUUUGGAAUACGGAAUCGCCUGUUGGAGUGAACUACGGUAGCACUGCCUCGUCGCCGGCUCCGGUGUACAGUAACAAUUACGGAAGCAACACUGGCGGAGGAUGCUGUGGAUGUGGCCAGUCAGCCCAAGGACCACCCGGCCAACCUGGUCUCGAUGGAUCCCCUGGAUCAGACGGAGAACCCGGAAUUCCUGGCAGAGAUGGUCCCGAUGCACCAAGAGCCACUCCAGCUCCUAACUUUGUACGUCACCAUUCUCUUCUUUCUUUAAACAAACGUCAUAACUCGCUAUGACACCCACAACAUAUACUUUUUCCAUCUAUCAAAAUUUAAUCCAUCAUGACAGGUUCUAAUUUAGGAUUGGUGCUUCGAGUGCCCGCCCGGUGAGCCUGGACGCGCGGGUAUUCAAGGAAGAAAGGGGUCGCCCGGAAGACCAGGAGGAAGCGGAUUACCGGGAGAAAAAGGAACUCCAGGACUCCCAGGAUCACUUGGAUCGGUUGGACCUGUGGGGCUUCCAGGAAAUCCGGGUCUACCAGGAGGAAAGGGAAUUCCAGGAAAACUCAUCGAAGUCGGAGGACUUGAAGGGCCACCAGGACCACCUGGAUUACCAGGUCUAUCAGGACAACAAGGUUUGUUUGGUUGCACGACAUAUCUGUUUAAUUUUGUAUUGACUUCAGGUAAACCUGGAUCCGAUGGUUAUCCAGGACGCGAUGGAGCGCCGGGAGACCAAGGAGACGACGGGUUCCCGGGAGAGCCUGGAAAACCCGGUCAAAAAGGAUACCCGGGACCUGACGGAAACGCCGGACUCCCAGGUGAGACCUCACAGAUUACAUCUCGUGCUUGAAAGUUGAAAGAGUAAACACAUCGACCGGAUAUUGCGAUUGCGUCCCCACGUUUUCAAAGUUUCCGUGUGUGCCGUCUCAAAUCUUGUUAGUUAGUCAAUCUGACGAGUGCGUCGGGAACUUUCCCGGCAUAGACUGACAUCAAGCGGUGUGUAUGUAUUUUGAGAGCGAACAACAUGUUAAAGAAUAAUGAUGCACUGGCGCGUAAAGGAAGCCUGAAUAUCUACGCGAUGAGGAAAUUCGCUGUGACGAGACGAAGACAGACAACUUAUUCUCAUGAACGGACAUUGAAUGCAUUGUUAUUAUUUUCAGGCGGAUGCGAUCACUGCCCACCCCCGCGGACCGCUCCGGGCUAUUAA